AAAAUGGUCUUUUUCAUUUUUACACUUCAAAAUAAUUUUUUUUUAUAGAAACCCUUAUUGCAAUUAGCGCUGCAACUUAAAUUACAACAAAAUUUUUUAUAGAAACCUCUAUUUCAACUAGCGCUAUAACCACUUUAAAAAUCCAAACGGUAAAUUUGAAAAAAAAAAUUAAAAAAAUAAUAAAUAAGGUAAUCCCUCAAACUAAAAAUAGUCUAACAACUCAUUUGUAUUUCUGAAAAAAAAAACAAACAUACAUAAAAUUUUCACUUAUGAAAAUAUCUAUUUUUGAAAAGUGGAUGGUAUCAUGGUACUACUUUGAAACCAAAUAGCGUAGUGUAGGAUGAAGGCCGGACUUACGUGGAUAGCGAGGAUGUGCAGCGCAGGAAAUAACGCCCUCCUUCGCUGUAUUCAUUCCAUUGUAAGCCUUCACACGGUCUCACACCUCACCCGAGCGAAUAUCCUCUGCAUAAACCCUAAAACCGUUGACUUUGACAAUUGUUUAUUUAUCGCCUCUUGUGUGACAGGCGGACCCACCUAUUUCCACCACUUACAUUUUAGAUUUUAACACAUACGUUACUCCAACUUGUACCUUGUCAAAGUCCACUCCAUUUACCUGCUGUACAUGGUUGUACCUCUCUUCCCAUAUGGCCUAAUUAUUUAUAUUUAUACUCCUGCCUUAUAAAAUUCGCAAAAUCAAAACCAGUUUCUCUCGCGGUCCACUACGGAAAUUCUCGAAAACAGUUAUUAUUCAAUCUAACUGAACCGAACGGAAAAUCAGCUUUAUCCAAAUUAAAUAAAAUUUCGAUGGAGGUCGGUGGAGGCGGUGGCGGCUCUGAUAAGGGCUCUGUGAGUUGCGGGUCUUGGAUCCGAAGACCCGAAAAUGUCAACCUGGUUGUUUUGGGGAGGUCCAGGAAGCGAGGAGAUGCUUCGCCUUCUAUGCUCGAGAUUUUCUCCUUUGAUCCCAAGACCACUUCUCUCUCUUCUUCUCCUCUGGAUAAGUAUGUAGUUGAAGAAGUGGAAGGUGAUUUGGUAUCGAUUGCAGUGCAUCCGAGUGGAGAGGAUAUUGUGUGCUCUACAACUAAUGGUGGCUGCAAAUUGUUUGAGUAUGGUCGAGAAUCAAAUGCAAAGCUCUCGGCAAGAAAGCUAACACCUCUUGAAGGUGUUGGUCCUCAGAAAUGUAUAGCUUUUAGUGUUGAUGGCUCUAAACUUGCCACUGGUGGUGUGGAUGGGCAUUUAAGAAUUUUUGCAUGGCCAAGUCUUCGUGUCAUUUUAGAUGAACCGAAGGCACACAAGUCAGUUCAUGAUAUGGAUUUUAGCUUAGACUCAGAGUAUUUAGUUUCAACAUCAACAGAUGGCUCCGCAAGAAUAUGGAAGACAGAAGAUGGUUAUCCCCUGACAACUUUAACGCGCAAAACGGGGGAAGACAUUCAACUAUGCCGGUUUUCCAAGGAUGGGACGAAGCCAUUUCUGUUUUGCACUGUUCAAAAAGGUGAUAAAGUAGUCAUUGCAGUUUGGGAUAUAAGUACAUGGAACAGAAUCGGGCAUAAGGGGCUACUUAAAAAGCCUGCUUCCAUAAUGUCCAUCAGCAAGGAUGGGAAAUAUCUUGCUCUGGGAAGCAAAGAUGGAGAUAUAUGUGCUGUUGAUAUAAAGAAGAUGGUGAUCUGCCACUGGAGUAGAAGGCUACACCUGGGGACAUGCAUUGAAACGCUAGAGUUUUGUCCCAGUGAAAGGGUUGUUCUUACUACUUCUAGUGAAUGGGGAGCUGUGGCAACUAAACUAAAUGUUCCAGUAGAUUGGAAAGAAUGGCAAAUAUAUAUGAUGCUAUUGGGACUAUUUUUGGCUUCUGCUCUGGCAUUUUACAUAUUUAUGCAGAACUCAGAUUCAUUUUGGCAGUUCCCAGAGAGAAAUCAACCAGGAGCAACCAAGUAUAAAACUUUUUUUGGUGAUUCACAGUCUUCGGAGGAUCCAUUUUUUCCAGUAGAUAUGUGAUAAUUUCCAUGAUUCUGUUCCACUCAUUGUACAAUGAAUGAAGAAUUAUUCCCCAUGUGAUCAUCUUAACAUUAUAGGUUCUUUCUUUCUUUGAGGACAACUGGAACAUGCUGCCAAAUCAACGCUGCUUCUACAUAUUUUUUCUUCCCUAGUUAUUCAUUUAAUUUACCCAUCUCAUAGAAGUACAAAGUUUGAACUUGUCUCAAAAUUUUGAGCAAAUUUACUUGUAUGUUUUUGGCCGUGAUGUAUGUAGUAGAACCCUCUUAAACUAGUAAAAGGGAAAUCAUAUGUGGUUUACAGGCUUCUAUCA